AUGGAGCUGCUUCAACAUUUUAGCCAUGAACAUCUACUGAUUUUCAAUGAGGAGCAAAGCCAUGAAAGUGAGAAGCAGGCUGAUUGCUCAGCAUGUGGGGAUCUGGUGUUGGGUCCAAGUUUCAGUUGUGAAGAGUGCGGGUUUUACCUUGAUAAGAAGUGUGUCGAGGCACCUUCACAGCUGAAUCACCCCUUACAUCGCAAACACUGCCUUGAUCUUCGAGCAAGACCUCCAUAUGAAGAUCAACACCCUUUCAUCCGAUUUCGGAUACGUUUUCCAUUCAUUUGUGAUGCAUGUGGCUCUUCAGGGAAUCAUGUAUCUUACAUUUGUUCUACUUGUGAAAUUAUAGUCCAUAGGAGCUGCAUUUCAUUGCCACGCAUCCUCAGACACCCAUGGCAUUUUGAGCACCCCAUUUCCCACACCUAUUUUGUUGGGCAAGAUAAGUUUAAAUCGUGGGAAUGCAGAAUUUGUCAUCUAGAGGAUGUGAAUUCAAAGUAUGGAAGCUAUUCCUGUUCUGAUUGCGAUUAUAUUGUCCAUGUGAAUUGUGCAAUAGAAGAAUAUAAUUGGUACGAUUUUGAUGAGUCAGGAAUAAUAGAUGAGAGUCUUGAAGAAAAUUCAGCAUUGCAACCAUAUUCUUUUGUUAAGGAGAUCAAAGAUGGAGAAAAUGUGGUAGCAAUUGAGAUAAAACAUUUUAGUCAUCAACACAACUUAAUUUUAAGCAAUGACAUCAAGGAUGAUAAAUGUUGUGAUGGUUGCGUGCUAUCCAUCUCCACCUCUUAUUAUUAUUGUUCACAAUGUAAUUUCUUUCUCCACAAAUCUUGUUCUGAAUUACCGAGGAAGAAGCAUCUUUGGGAUCACCGUCAUCAUGGUAAGCCUCUUUCACUUACUUCAGAGUUCAUUUUCCAAUGUGUAAUUUGUAAGUAUGAAACUAGUGGUUUUGCCUACACUUGUGCUAUAUGUGAGGAAUAUCUGUGCCUUCGAUGUGCUUUAGUUUUUGAUAACCCCAGAUGUCAUGGACAUGAGCACCCCCUCUCACUUUCUCGUGUUGAUCAAGGGUGGUGCAAUGCUUGUGGUGAUUCUACAAAACCUGCAUUCAGAUGUAACAGUUGCAAUUUUUAUUGGCAUGGGAAUUGUCUCAAACUACAGUAUAAAGCUCGACACAAAUCUGAUGUGCAUCAUUUUACACUCACUUAUCAUGAUAAUGAUUAUUCAGAAUCUCAUUAUUGUGAUAUCUGUGAAGAGAAAAGAAAUCCAAAUCAUUGGUUUUAUUAUUGUGCCAUUAUGACAACUCAGCUCAUCCCCAAUGUGUGCUUGGAAAAUACCCAUUUAUCAAGCUCGGGGGCAACUACAUAAAAGAAGAUUAUCAUCCAGACCUUCUCACUUUUGUCCAAAAGGUUCAUUAUCCAAAAUGCCAUAGCUGUGGUGAGCCUUGCGUUGAUCUAUCUCUUGAAUGUAAAACAAUUGGAUGCAGCUACAUUGUCCAUUGGGAGUGUGUAAAUGCUUGAUUUUAAUUUCUUCUCUUUUUCACCAUAUAUAAUUAUUGUUGUUCAAGUAGUGAUGAGACAAAUAAGUCGUUUGAUAAUGGGACUCAAAAUUGUUGCUUUGCCUGGUU